AACUAUAUGCUUCUAGUCCACCGAUUUUGUCGAGGGAGAACGAGUAAUAAAGUUCCAUGGCUAGGCCUAGGUAGCAUCUAUCUAGCCCUUUACAUUGUAGUAUUUAUAUGUGGCCUGAAACUGAUGUUUCUUAGUUCACAAUUCACAUUAACCCAAACAAACCCCUACUAUUAUUGAAAAUUUAACACAUAUGGCACCAGCUCAAACCCUAAUCAGUUCUAAAAACGUGGCAGUGAUCGGAGCCGGAGCAGCCGGUCUCAUAACGUCUAGGGAGCUUCGUCGUGAAGGUCACAGUGUAGUCGUGUUUGAACGAGAGAAACAUGUGGGUGGUCUUUGGGUUUACACACCUAAAUCCGAAUCCGACCUGCUUAGCCUCGACCCGACCAGAUCUAAAGUGCACUCGAGCAUCUACGAUUCUCUCCGAACCAAUGUCCCGAGAGAGAGUAUGGGUGUCAGGGCAUUUCCGUUUUUGCCACGUUUCGAUGACGAGUCAAGAGACCCGAGACGGUACCCAAAUCACAGAGAAGUUCUUGCGUAUGUUCAAGAAUUUGCUAGAGAGUUCAAAAUUGAGGAGAUGAUCCGGUUCGAAACCGAGGUGGUUCGGGUCGAACCGGUUAUCGAGAAAUGGAGGGUCCAGUCAAAAAACCCCGGCGGUGACUUCGAUGAUGAGAUCUUUGACGCAGUCGUGGUUUGCACUGGUCACUAUACAGAACCAAACGUUCCUCAUAUUCCUGGUAUAAAAUCGUGGCCAGGAAAGCAGAUCCAUAGCCACAACUACAGAGUUCCUGAUCCAUUCAAAAACGAGGUGGUGGUGGUGAUAGGAAAUUUUGCGAGCGGUGCGGAUAUUAGUAGGGACAUAGCUAAGGUCGCAAAAGAAGUCCACAUUGCAUCUAGAGCAAAGGAACCCCACACAUACGAGAAGAUUCCCGUUCCCCAAAACAAUCUAUGGAUGCAUUCUGAAAUCGACACCACACGUGAAGAUGGGUCAAUUGUUUUCAAAAACGGGAAGGAGGUAUUUGCUGAUAGCAUUGUGUAUUGCACCGGGUACAAGUAUAACUUCCCAUUUCUUGAAACCAAUGGCUAUUUGCGCAUUGAUGAGAAACGCGUUGAACAUUUAUACAAGCACGUAUUUCCACCCGCGCUUUCCCCCGGACUUUCUUUUGUUGGUGUACCAGCAAUGGGCAUAGUAUUUGUUAUGUUUGAAAUCCAAAGCAAAUGGGUGGCAGCAGUUUUGUCAGGACGGGUGACACUUCCUCCACCGGACAACAUGAUGGACGAUAUUAAUGAAUGGUAUGCGUCGCUUGAUGUGAUAGGUAUUCCCAAAAGACAUACGCAUACAAUAGGCAGAAUUCAGAGUGAGUACCUCAAUUGGGUCGCAAAAGAAUGUGGUUGUGAACUCGUAGAACGUUGGAGAGCUCAAGAAGUUGACGGCGGAUACGUGAGACUUGUCACCCACCCAGAAACUUACCGUGAUGAAUGGGACGACGAUGAACUCAUAGAAGAAGCGUACCAUGAUUUCUCUAGGAAGAAGUUGAUUAGUUUUGAUUCUUCUUAUUACCUAGAAAAUGUAAGAUGAUUUGAGUCAAUAGUGCCUGAUUAAUUGUUUUUUUUUGGUGGGUGGGUUUAUUACAAUAAAUUGCAAAACUAUUGUAACCUUUCCGGGGGAGGGUUUGUAAUGCCCUUACUGUUUUAAUUUAUUUUUGCGUCUGUUGUUUGGCUAUUUUCAUCAUUUAGUUUAAUACAUUUGCAUGA